AUGUCCUCCGAAUACUCGACGGAAGAGGAUUACGAGAGACCCAAACGCAUGCGAACGGCGCUCGAGAAUACACCAUCAACUUUGCCGUUAUGGCGUUUGUUCAGAGAGGCGUUGCUGAAUGGCGGCGCGUGUCGCGAUAUCGUGGAGAAGCAUGUGAUGUGUAAACUCAACGGGACGGAUCUCAAAUUCUUUUACGAGGUGAAUACGGAGACGAGAAAGUUGGUGAAGAGAUCGUCUCGCGCGGGUGAUUUGAAAAAGAGGUUUAGAGUGAGCGAGAUGUCGUCGAUAUCGACGUUGGAAGUUGCGUGGGAGAAUAAAUAUUUGUGGCCGAGUUGGUGGUACGAAAGAGAUUUCUGCACGAAAGUUGCUCACACGAAUAAACUCGAGUUGCUCAAGUGGGCGCGAGAGGAGAAAAAGUGUAAGUGGGAUUGGACGACGAUUAAUGCGGCCGCAGAAAAAGGUAAUCUGGAAAUGGUCAAGUAUUGCGUGGCAAAUAAGUGUCCUAUCGAUUGGAGGGCGUGUGCAAAUGCUGCCAAAAACGGUCAACUCGAGUGCCUCAAAUACUUACGCGAAGAAGUCAAAGCGCCUUGGGAUUGGAGAACUGCCUCACGGGCGGCUGAAAAUGGUCAUCUCCACAUACUCGAAUAUCUUGUUGAGCGUAAGUAUGAUAAAUAUGACGAAGAUGCGUGUGAGUUUGCGGCCAUGAACGGCCACUUAGACUGUUUGAAGUACUUACACGAAACCGCCAAAGCGCCUUGGGACGAGGACGCCGUAUGGGAAGCGCACGACAACAACCAAACGGAAUGUUUACAAUACCUCCUCGACAACAACUGUCCUCUCCCAGAAGGCUGGUCUUACGAAGGAGGAGUACUGCACGCUCCAGAGUCCUCGUCAUCGUCAUCUUCAUCAUCAUAA